AUGGCUGCGAUCACUGAAAUUCCCACUGACGUCGAUUCCGUUCAUGACAACGUCAUCGCCGGCGGAAUUGAGAAGAGUCUGAUGCCAGAUUCUAAACCGGAAAUCGAAUCGGACCUCAAACCCAAAUCCGAACCGGAGUUUGAUCAAAUGAAGAAGCUUGUGGCGAUGUUUAAGAAGCUGAAUCCGGAAGCUAAGGAGUUUUUCCCUUCUUACAAGAAGAACAACCACUCUCUGUCUUCUGACGAAUUUGUAAUCUCUAAGAAGCCAUCUGCUGAAGAAUUUGACGGUGACAACAAAAAGGAUGGCUUUAACCGGAGGAGAAGAAACGGCGUUGGCUAUAACCAAGGGAGGAGGGUGAGGUUAACUGGAAGAGCUUCAAAGGCUCAAAGAGAAGAUAGUAUUAGAAGAACAGUAUAUGUCUCUGACAUUGAUCAGAGUGUGACUGAGGAAGUCCUCGCUGGCUUGUUCAGCGGUUGUGGACAAGUUGUUGAUUGUCGAAUCUGUGGGGAUCCAAAUUCGGUUCUUCGGUUUGCGUUUGUUGAGUUUUCUGAUGACCAAGGUGCACGAGCGGCUUUGAGUCUCGGUGGAACGAUGAUCGGAUAUUAUCCUGUUAGAGUCUUACCUUCAAAAACUGCUAUUCUUCCCGUGAAUCCCACAUUUCUCCCCAGGUCAGAAGAUGAGAGAGAGAUGUGCACAAGAACCAUCUACUGCACAAAUGUCGACAAGAAUGCCACUGAAGAUGAUGUCAAAAUCUUCUUUGAGUCUGCCUGCGGUGAGGUCACUCGCAUAAGGCUUCUUGGUGAUCAAAUGCAUUCUACUCGCAUAGCUUUUGUUGAAUUUGCCAUGGCAGAGAGUGCAGUUGCGGCGCUCAACUGCAGUGGAAUAGUGUUAGGAUCUCAGCCGAUAAGGGUAAGUCCUUCGAAGACACCAGUGAGGUCACGAGUCACUCGUCCACCAUCAACAAACUAG